ACCAGAGAGGGCCAGAAAAAGUCAGUCGUUGUCCGUCCUUCCGACAAAGGAAACCCCGCACCGAAUACUCCCGGAAUAUCGUCGACCAGUGCCAUUUGGAAACCUUGUGCCAUCAUUGUGCUAGUGGAUAUUAUAUUAGAACUAAUCACCAUCGAAACUAUUAUCAAACAACGAGAGCUCCAUCGGGAGAUCAUCUUUUAUCACCAGAAUGUGGAAAAUAAUCUUUACAAUUAUUUUGGCUAUGAUUAUGCAAACAAGUACUGCCCGUAGAGCCCAAAACAACAAAUCUUAUAAAUUAGUUUGUUAUUUCGGUAGUUGGGCCAACUACCGGAGUGAAGAAGGAAAAUUUGUAAUAGAAGAUAUUGACCCACAUAUUUGUACGCAUUUGAUUUAUGGCUUUGCUAAGCUAAAUAUCGACAACACGAUAGCUGCUAACGAUCCAAAUUUGGAUUUGAAGGAAAACGGUGGUCUUGGCGCCUAUCAAAGAUUUAACGGAUUGAAAAGAAGAAAUCCAAAUUUAACCACAAUGUUGGCAGUUGGAGGUCGGAGUGAAGCAUCUGUAAAAUAUUCCAAUAUGGCUUCUAAACCAGCAUCUAGAAAAAAAUUUGUUGAUAGUUGUGUAAACUUCUUAUUGGAGAACAAUUUUAAUGGUUUGUAUUUGGAUUGGGAGUUUCCUAGUAUUGGAGGAGGAAAGCCAGAAGACAAACGAAAUUUUAUUUAUCUUUUGGAGGAUUUAAAAAAUGCCUUAAAACCUCGUGGUCUUAUAUUGACAGCUGCUGUAUCUGCAGUAAAAUAUACAAUUGACAACGCAUACGAUAUUCCUGCGAUGGCUAAACAUUUAGAUUUUAUCAAUUUAAUGACUUACGAUUAUCAUGGUUUUUGGGAAAAUGUUACUGGACAUCAUGCUCCACUUUAUGCUCGUCCAGAAGAGUCCCAUAAUCAGAGAGAACUGAAUGUGAAUUUUUCAGUUAAUUAUUGGUUACAAAAUGGAUUUCCUAGUGAUAAACUUAUACUUGGAAUAGGUUUGUAUGGCCGAUCUUUUACCUUGAAAAGUGCUAAUAGCAGUAGUCUAGGUGCACUUGCUACUGGAAAAGGAAUGCCAGGUCCAUUUCUAAAAGUGGGAGGCAUUUUGGGUUAUAAUGAGAUAUGCAAAUUUGUUAAAGAAGCAAAUUGGAAAGUGCAAUGGGUCGAAUCAAUUAGAUUACCAUAUGCUUUUAAAGGUCGACAAUGGGUAGGAUACGAAGAUUGGAGAAGUAUUGCAAUAAAAGUCGAUUAUCUAAAAUCGAAAGAACUAGGUGGCGCAAUGGUAUGGUCUAUCGAAACAGAUGACUUUCGAGGAACGUGUCACAAAAGAAAAUUUCCUCUUUUAACUGUUAUUCAGAGAAAAUUAAAUCUCACGGGGUCAUUUAGAAAUAAUCCAAAUGGACCUAAAGAUGAUUUUACAUGUAAUAGUGUAGGUUAUUACUCUUAUCCUGGUAACUGCCAAUUUUUUAUUCAGUGCUUUAUUGAAGGGGAUGAUUUCAGAAAGGUAACAAAUCGUUGUGCAUCGGGUACAGUAUUCGAUCCAAAACUUGGUAACUGCAAUUAUCCUUAUUUAGUUCCAGGAUGUGAGAAAUUCGGUUAAUAUAUUUUGUUUCGUGAAUUAUUAAAUGAAAAAUUUGAUUAUUA